AUGUCCUCCAACGUCGUUAGUGCUCCGGGUGCCGGGAAAGAGAAGAGUGCCAGCGCGUUUGUUCGUGAGACGCGUAGCGUCAAGGUUCCCCACCACCGUUUUCCUCCCCUAAAGAAGGUGUGGUUAGAGGUCUACACCCCCAUUGUCGAGCAGUGCAAACUGGAAAUCCGCAUGAAUUUAAAAUCUCGGUGCGUUGAGCUGCGGACCUGCCCAGCCACCAUGGAGGCUGCAGGACACGGUGGAGACAGCAGCAAAGUGCUCCUUCAAAAGGCAGAAGAUUUUGUCAAGGCGGUCGUUGCAGGAUUUGAAGUGAAGGAUGCCAUUGCCUUGUUGCGUAUGGACGAUGUGUACAUUGAGGGCUUUGAAGUGAAGGAUGUGCGAGCCAACUUGCAUGGCGAUAACCUCUCCCGUUGCAUUGGGCGGAUGAGCGGAUCCCACGGAAAAACGAAGUACACCAUUGAAAAUGUGACACGGACGCGGAUCGUCAUUGCCGACACGCACAUUUGGUUGAUGGGAACAACGCAGAACAUUCGGGUGGCAAGGGAUGCCCUUUGCGAUUUGAUCCGUGGAAGCCCAGCCGCAAAGGUGUACACCCGCUUGCGCGCCGUAAUGAAUCGCGUGAAUGACACGUUUUGA